AUGGUAGCUACAGGACCCAGGCUUGACUCAUUGAUUAACCGUUUACAAUUUCCACAGUCGCUGCACAACGCGCAAGGUGAGAACUUGGCUUAUGUCCUGGGCGAGCCCUUGGAAGGCGGAAGGUACGGCUCUUCUAUCUAUUACAGCCGACCAGAGAAACACCUCUCCGAGACAAUGAUGUCACUAUGGACGAACUUCGCGAAGACGGGGAACCCAAAUUUACCAGAAAGGACCAACUACUUGACUCCAGGACCAGUGGAGUGGAAAUUAAGAGAUGUCACCUGGGAAGCUUAUGAACCAAUAAAUCGUACAUCAUUUAAAAUAGAAAUACCUCCCCAGCUUGAGUACAGAUACAGGUACAAUUUUCUAGACUUUUGGGAUCACACACUGCCUAUGUUCCUGAGGAACGUAGGCCACCAUGACUUCAAGCCUCUGUACGGGCCAACGAAACCACUGGUAUAUGAGUCAUGUUUGGAAUUAGAACGACCAUGGAAGAAACCAGUUCCUCCAGGCUUUGGGAGGCUCGUACCAGAAUGGGAAGCCCUCUAUCCGAAACCAAAGCCAUUCUCACCCCUCAACCCCAACCCUUCUAAGAGAACGGAAAUCCGGCCAAUCAUGGACAAGUCUCCACCAACGACCCAACAAUCAGAAGAGGAAACAGAUGCCACACCGGAAGCAACUUCCGCUUCAGCCUUCACAUCCACCAUGAUCAUACUAGUCGGCAUAUGUUUCCUUAUCAUUAACAUUUUCUUCUUUCUCUUCAUUUGGUACCAGAAAAAGAAAUUUCAAAAGACACGCCUAAUGUCGAGAUAUAAUAGGCGUGAAUCGAGCCCUAGCCUCCCAGAAAUAGAGUUCGACAAGAAGGAGGACAAGUGUGAGAUCAAGAGCAUUCUGAAAUCGAACGAACGACUAUACGAUCUCAACAAAAUAAAAACAUCAACUUUAGGGAAGUGGACUGGAAUGUACAGCCAAGGAAGUUCUUCUACUGUCACUAUGGAUCCACAUACCAAAGUAUCUCAGUGGAUGAGCAGGGAAAAGGUGAGCACACACAGCAAAGUAAAGACUGACAAGUCUUCCGAGACAGCGGGGUCAUCAGGAACAACCUCUAAAGGAAGCAAAGGAAAAGUAAAGAAGGUCUCAGUUGCGGUUGACGCGACACCGAGUGCAAGGAGCGCUAGUGUUCUCAAACAGACUCCAAUUGAGCUCACUAAAUCGAUGGAUUUCGGCAAAAGGAGGCUUGGUGCAACACUCAAACCUCUUCAUAGAUCAGAGGCGAUUGAUUCAGAAGAGUCAGCAGCACCACCUAACCACUCCCACUCCAACUCUGAUCCCGCUCAACUUCUAGCAACUGACAUAAAACCGAAAGAAGAAAAAGUUCUGAAGACGUUCGGUUCAUUUUCUAAAGACAUCAACGUCACAUGCAGAGACGAAGAUGAAGUAGCAUCUACCUGUUCACAGGAUGCGUUAGACAACAUUAGGAGAAGGAACUAUCCUAAGGUACUCCCAGAUUUUCCUGGAACGCAAAUAUCUCUAGAAGGGGAAAACACUAGGACAAAAAGAAUGUCACUACCUGUGGCAACGCCGGUUAUAGAUCCUAAAAAAAUUCCCCCUCCUCCACCACCGAGGUAUACACCUACAUCUAUUGCUAGGAGGCCGUCCAAUAGAAACACAAUACCCAACUUCAUGACUUCAUAUGCGCAGCUGAAACCGCAAUCAGAUAAUGAGGAGACAUCUCAAAAGGAUGAAAAGGCAUCAUCUGAAAAGUUUAUCAAAGAAGAAAAGAAAAUUGAAAAGAGGGUGGAGAAGAGACCUGAACCCAGAGUAAUAAUCAAACCGACUCUUACUGACCCAAAUUUGAAAAAGACCAAUUCCAAAAUUCCUAGGGUCACUCAUCAGCCGGACAGUGGGAAGGAGCAGAAGAGACCUACGAAAGAUAUGAAGCAAAGUUCUAAAACGAAGGCUCCACCCCUCAAAAAAAGCGUGGGCACAGACAGCAGCGGGAAUACCUCAGGGACCUCAGGCAGUUCUAUCUCCAGCAUAGCUACCGUCCGAAAAGUACAAAGAGAUUGAUUUCAUCAAUUUUCAAUGGCGUAUUGAAUUAAAAAUUCCAAUUUUCGCAAAUGAAUCACAUUCAUGUGAAAACGCAAGGAAACUAAAUUGUAUAUAUCAAAUUAUUACUUAUAGGCUUAUAAAGCCAAAAGUUGUUACUUAAAAUCGUUACUUAGUAACUAUGAAAUUAGUUAAGACCGAAAAAAAAAUUAACAGAUCGAGAAAUUUUACAUUCAUAUUAAAGCUUUAAUAUUUGUGAGGCUUCAUAAAUAAAUAUUUCUACUGCUAAUUUAACCAUUGUAAUAAUAAAAUAAUAUCUUUAUUUAAAUAUCAUUUUAUCUUAAACUGCAAUACGAAAAAAUCUCCUACCUAUUUAUAUCAAUGCCAGAUUUAUAUUUUUUAACAAGACAGGGAAACUAUUUCUUUUUUUUUUAGCUUAAAGUUAGUUGAAAGGCAGUAUUAUAUAAUUUUAUACGAGUUUCUAUUUUAUUGAAGUAAGCAGUACAUCCUUUAGAGCGAUGUAUAUCUUUUAUUUUUACUGGAAAUAUUUUCUAUAUAUAUAUAAAAGACUAACACGUUUCAUACUUAAUUUUAAGUUAUUAACGUUUGUUGUUAUUGAUAUACUAGUUAUUUUUAAGUAAAUAUAGUGUUUUUAAAAAAAUAAAUGUUUUGAAUUUUA